AUGGCAUCUAACUUUUUCUUCACCUUCUGUAUGCUUUUUGCUACUCUCGUCCAGAGUCUGAAAGGAGAACUUUCCAUCAUCCCGGGAAACAUUCCAGUUAAAGAUAACUCAGAAGUUCUUGUUCAAAUUUUUGUUGUACAGCCAAAAAUCGACUCAAUCACUCUAUCAUUUUUGAAACUUUCAGAUCCAACUUCGUCAGAUUAUGGAAAGUACUGGACCGCUCAACAGGUUGCCGAAGCCUUUCGACCAGAGACGCAAGCCCUCGAAGCAGUAACAAAAUGGCUGUAUUCCUAUAGCACCUCCAAAACCUCAUUGAAACUCUCAAACAGCCGAGGGCAUCUUACAUUCAAAUCAACUGUUGAAAACGUGGAGACGUUAUUCAAAACGAGUUGUUCUCGUGUCAAUGAUGUUAAGAAUACCCAGACAAUCAAAUGCGGACCUUUCCAAAUUCCCAAAGACCUAGAGUCUUAUAUUGAUGUGAUAACUUUGGUUGCGAAGUCUGCUCACAAUCAGAGAAAACGCCAAUCUUACCAUCGAAAACAUCACGGUCCGGCGGCUCGGGAACUGGAGAAAAAGGCAUCCGAACAAGUACUAGAUGUCGACUGCAAGGUAUACACCUCCCCCAAGUGCCUACGGAGUCUUUAUAACAUCCCACCCACAACUUCCCCACCCCUUGGUAGCUCACUCGGGAUCUACGAGGCUGCCUGGACCGCGUGGCUCCCAGAGGACUUGGACCAGUUUUUUGAGCGAUUCCAACCUGAACUCAAAGGAGAGCGACCCAUAAUCCAGGCAAUAGACGGGGGUUAUACGCAAACCGAUUACAAGAUAACGCCAUUUAAUCUCGAGUCAGAUUUAGACUUCGAGUAUGCCAUGGCCUUGACCAACGCAACCGUAGUCAACCUUCAGGUCGGCGACAAGUAUCUCCUAGGGGAUCUCAACGACAUGCUCGCGGCUUUCGAUGCCUACUACUGCGGAGCAUUGGAUCCAAGCAUCGACCCCAUCUUCCCCGACGACCAGCCCGGAGGAUACAACAAGUCAACCGAUUGCGGCACUCUAUCACCUCCAAAAGUCGUGUCCAUAUCUUACGCCUGGCCAGAAGUUGAUUUUCCGCCGGAGUACCUUCGGCGACAAUGUCUCGAGUUCCUGAAAUUGGGGCUCAUGGGCGUCACCGUCGUAGUGGCAAGCGGCGACACAGGUACGCAGAGCGGUACCGCUCCAGGGACAUGCAUAGACAAGGCGACCAAACAGAAUUCAAAUUACACUACCGGCAUGUUCAGUCCCCAAUGGCCCUCCGGCUGUCCAUGGGUGACUUCGGUAGGGGGGACGCAACUUUCGACACAGUCCGGCUCCAAUUCGACCAUUCCAACCAAUAUGUCGACACCAAGCUCCAAUGAGAUUGCAUUCAACAAGGUUUUGAGUGGUGGAGGAAUGCUUUCUUCCGGGGGAGGUUUUAGCAACACGAUUUCCAUGCCAAGUUACCAAAAGGAAGCUGUCUCAGCAUACCUCCUGCGCGAGAAAGCCCAUAUAUCCUCGCUCACCGCAUCCGGAUAUCUUGGCAGCACCAACGGCUCAAUAGCCACGCGUGGAUUUCCCGACGUGUCCAUCAUGGCGUCCUCAUACCUUACAGUAGUAGAUGGCGAGCUGAAACAGAUACACGGAACUUCUGCUUCUGCCGUGGUCUUUGCUUCGAUGGUCGCCAUGGUCAACGAAGAUCGGCAUCGCGCGGGAAAGUCCCCGGUUGGAUUUAUCAACCCUACCUUAUACGCCAACCCAGACAUCUUCAACGACGUAAUCACCGGGCAUAAUUUAGGCUGUGGUGCCGAUCCCGCGUUUAGGGCUGUUAAAGGAUGGGAUGCAAUUACGGGACUGGGCAGUCCAGAUUAUAAUGCUCUACAUAGAAUUCUUAUGGAGCUACCUUGA